CGUGCAGUCAGUCUGCUGCUAACAGCUACCAGCCGGGUCUCUGGAGUUAGCUAGAAAGCUAGCCAUGAGCUAACAAGUAGCUAGCUGAGUCGUUUCGUUUCGCCACCUUAAAUUCCGCUUCAUCAGACCUUUUGCCAAGGAACUAUCAUUCAGCCCUUUGUUGGACCGGCAGUCUUUGGAUCUGAUUUUUGCAGUCCUCACAUUUCACAAUCCCUUCCCGCCAUCUUGCACUUUCUCUCUUUGAUACUUGCAUCUCUCGGUACACAGAGCCAUGGCAGCUGCAAAGCCAAAAGGGCAGAACUCUCUAGCCCUUCACAAAGUGAUAAUGGUUGGCAGUGGAGGAGUGGGCAAAUCAGCUCUUACACUCCAGUUCAUGUAUGAUGAGUUUGUUGAAGACUACGAGCCCACUAAAGCAGACAGUUACAGGAAGAAAGUGGUGCUGGAUGGAGAGGAGGUGCAAAUUGACAUCCUUGAUACAGCCGGGCAAGAGGACUACGCAGCCAUCCGGGAUAACUACUUCCGAAGUGGCGAGGGUUUCCUCUGCGUAUUUUCCAUCACAGAGCUGGAGUCUUUUGCAGCAACAGUAGACUUCAGAGAGCAGAUUCUGCGAGUGAAGGAGGAUGAGAAUGUGCCCUUUCUCCUGGUUGGUAAUAAGUCAGACUUGGACGACCGACGGCAGGUUAGCGCAGAUGAGGCAAAGGCACGUGCAGAGCAGUGGGGCGUGUGCUACGUGGAGACUUCGGCCAAAACUCGUGCCAAUGUUGACAAGGUUUUUUUCGACCUAAUGAGAGAGAUCCGGGCAAGAAAAAUGGAGGACAGCAAAGAGAAAAACGGGAAGAAGAAAAGUAAAAGUUUGGCCAAGAGAAUUAGAGAGAGAUGCUGUAUUUUAUAGUCGUUAGAGGGAGCAGGCUCGCUGCUUAUGUACAUACGCAUUUCUCAGACUUUUGCUUUUUUAAAAAUUUUAAUUUAAUUUAAUUUUUUGUGCCCAUACCUGACCAUGACCUUCUGUUCCUGGUUAACAGGACAUCUGACCAUGUGUCAGGAAGUAGUAAGGUGGCGCUUCAUACACCAUUUAUAGCUCUAACUUUUUAUGUGCUGACACUCCAAAUAAUUUAUGUACUCUCUCUCUUUCUCACUCUGCCCACAUUACAGAGUGUAAUAAUUCAGUGGUGUUUUUAAUGUAGACCUAAGCUUGAGAGGCUAAGUCCUGAAAUGUUCCAAAACUUUUCAUUGUAAAGUCUGACGUGUGUGUGUGUGUGUGUGUAACACACAUAUUAAGAGAGCUGUGCAGUGCAAGUUGAAAAAAAGAUUUAAAUGAAAGUCUAAGCGCCAAGGUUUAAACAGGGAAGAUGUAACUGGAGCUCAGUACUGGAAAGCCCCAAUCCCUUUUAAUUAAUCCACCAUCUUUGGUAAGAAGGGUUAGUUAACAGACUCGGCAGUGUAGUGUCAACCCAGAGUUCAUCAAGAGCCACAGAGGAGAUGAACAUUGCACUGAGCCUAUGAAACCUUUCAAUUAGAAAAAAAGUUUCAUUAUCAAAGCUCGAGACAAAAUUUGAUGCCAUUCCUAUUUGUCGUUUUACACCUCAGUUUUACUACGUUGUACAGUUAUGUAUACUUCUUUUUAGUUGUGACGUCAAACAUUUCCCUUCUUCUCCUCUAUCAUAUCACCCAGUGUAAGAUAAGCGCACUAAUGUUUCCACUAAUCUCUCCCCUUACCCCACAGACUUUUGAGUCUUCUCAAAUGCACAAUGGACAUUAAUUGUUACCCUUGAAUCUGUGAGGGAUUUUGCAACACUUGAACUCUUUUUCAAUUCUAACAUUUCAGAAGUUUUACCUCACUUGGCAUUGUCUUUUUUGCGAUAAAGGAAUCCCUGGUGCUCAGAUAAAAGGUGAUUCCAUAACACUACAUCCCUUACAUGCUGACACAUCUUAAUUUUAAAAACAAAGAAAUGCAUUGUAACAUGUAAAAAAUGUCUUUUUUCAUUUAUAAUUUUUCCUGACAUUUAAUCUGCAAAUUUGUAUCUCCUUUUUCCUUUUGUUAAAUGGAAAAGUCCUUAAUUGGAAAGCUGGGGUAAAUUAAUGAAUAGAUCAUUUUUAAGGCAUGAAAUGAAAACGAGACUGCAGGCUGCAUAGACGUGAGGUGAUACUUGUCCAAAAAAAGUUUUAGUCGCCAAAGAAAAACGCUAGCUAGUACAAACAAGUGCCCACUUAUUAUUUGAAGUGAAUGACAGCUUGCUGUAACGAGCAUCAAAAGUAAGCACUACCGUCUUUGCAAAAGUCAAAAGGAGUGUCGGUAAGCGUCGAGAUUUCGGUCUGAUUCGCCUGGGGAAAGAAAUGCAAGGUUGUGAGGGCUUUAGUAAUUCUUGUGCAGUGCGUCACUGUUGCCUCUCUGUCCAUUGUGAAUGUGAAACAUCCCCUCAUACUCAUCCUGUUUGCCUGUAAUCUUAGACUGCCAAUGAUUUGCAGAGUUUAGAGGUCACUGGCGUUCUACUUUGCUACGUUUUGUGCAAGGCUACCCUGUGUUACAGUGCUGUAGUAACAUGCCGAAUGUGUUCAUUUUAUCUUGUAGAUGGCAUUUUAGAGGCAAAGGUUGAAACAGUGUAUAGAAAUUGGCAAAUUGAGAAUGCAUAGACCAAAAUACACUGUGAAAACUGCCCCUUGUUUCUUAAUUUAUGACUGAGC